AGAGUUCACCUUUGACCUCUGACGUUACAGAAGUUUAGGAGUCGCAUCUGUUCUUGUAGAGUAGGUUUGUUAUUGAACAGUUAGCGAACGUCAUUACGGUAAAUAAUGACAAAACAGCAACUUAGAUAGACUGUUGGCUUUCACAGGACAUUUUAUUACGAGCUGGAAGAUGAUGGAGCUGAGCUCAGCGCUCACUAAAGAAGGCUGGUAUCUCACAGAUGAAGGAAUAGACGAGUGCAAAAGCUCUUCAGAGAAAGAGAAGGCAGUACUCAAUGACAUCAUCAACGUAGCAUUGAAUACUGAUCUGAGAACUAUUGGAAAAGGUUUUCUACCUGCUGAUAUCAACAGUGGCAGAGUGGAGGAGUUGAAGGGCCCGUGUGUCCUCCAGGUGCUGAAGGUACGCAAUGUCGCCGCCCCAAAAGAACACGAGGAGUCUCAGGCUGCUCCCAGGAUGCUCCGCCUCCAGAUGACUGACGGACAGACCACAUGCGCAGGGCUGGAGUUUAAACAUCUGUCAAAAAUAAGUCUGAACACUCCACCUGGAACCAAAGUGAAACUCCUGGGCACGGUCCCAGUGAAAAAUGGCUUUCUGCUGUUAGACGAUUGCAAGAUCGCAGUCCUUGGGGGCGAGGUGGAUCACCUGAUUGAGAAAUGGGAGCUGCAAAGGAGUCUUGCGAAGCACAGCAGAACUAAUAUAGGUGCAGAGGGUGGCCCACCUCCAUUUGUACCCUUUGGACAGAAAUGUGUGCGUAAGGACGAGGUGGACAGUAAGACGCUGGAUCAGAAGAAAACCCUACAAAGCAGCAACGCUUCCAAAGCUACAAAUGAAAACGACGAGUUUGAGAAGCAGAGGAUUGCCGCUAUUGCUGAAGUAGCCAAAAGCAAAGAGACACGGACGUUUGGUGGUGGAGGCAAUGCAGGGAGCAACCUCGCCAAUCCAGGUUCCACUUCCAAGAACCGAGACACGUACCAGAGAAAAAGAGAGGAGCGAGAUAAGAGUGGAACUGAGAGCAAGCCAGAGGGAGCGUAUCGAGAGCUGGUGGACGAGAGGGCUCUAAGGGAUAUCAUGGAGAUGGGUUUCAGUAAAGAGGCAGCCAGGCAGGCACUGCUGGACAACAACAAUAAUGUGGAGGCAGCACUUAACUCCCUGCUUGCAGGAGCCAACCAGGCCAAAGCAGCCCCCGUGGAGCCGAGUCGCCCACCACCCAGAGGCAAGGGCAGAGGGCGAGGAAGAUCCAGGCAGGAUGAUGACGAGGAUGGAGGAGCGAGACCUUCAGGGCCUAGCACACUCUUCGACUUCCUGGAGUCUAAAAUGGGAGCAUUCUCUAUUGAUGAGACGAAGAAACAGCCACCACAGAAAGUGCAGGAGCAUCCAAGCAGGACAAGCGUUCAAAAUCCUGAUCACAUCCCCCGAGAAGCCUCUCAGAACAAGCAGCCUAGCCGAAAUGAGGGACGGUCGCAGAGGAAUGAUCGACCCCCUCGCUUCCAGAGGGACAGCGAUUUCCCCAAACCCAGCUUUGCUGAAUCGUCUCUCCUAAUCCCCUCACAGAAUCAGAGCUGGAGCGACGGUGAGAAAAGAGGGAGAGGCGGAGUAGAGCAACGGAAAGACGAAAGGCGAGACACGAAGGGCGGACAUGUGAACUCUACCUCUACAGGAAACCAGAGGUCAAAAGGUCAACAGGGUCAGUCUGCGAACUUUUAUCAGGGCUCAAAACGGGACCGGGGUCUGAGAGAGCCGGACCAUGCAGGUGGAUCCGAUCAAUCUAAAAAGAACCAAGCAAACGGCCCACUAGGACCCAAACCAUUAGAAUCAGCUGCGAUGGACAGACCCGAACCCCACAGCAAGAGGAAAGGCAGGCCAGACAGACCUAACUCCGCCCACUUCGAUCGGGACACGACAGGCAACUGGAACUCUGUCCACGUUCCUGGGACGACGGACUCUACCGUUAUACACGAUGGGGGUCAGACGCACUUCAUUAAAGGAGGCGGGAAUCCAAACACACUUCUCCAAAAUGGCGAUUCGGAGCCCAGACGCACGGGUCCCAUCAAACCACAGACUUCAGGCCCGCCUCAGAAGAACAACAGCUUUUAUAACUCCGCCCCCAAGAAGAGGUCAGGACCGAUAAAAGGUCACAGAGGGUCAGAGAUGGGUUAUCAAGCGGAGAGUGGUAACCAUGGAAACUGGAAAUCUGGAGACCAGUGCCUUGCACUUUACUGGGAGGACAACAAGUUCUAUCGGGCCGUGAUUGAGGCGGUGCAUCCCUCAGGCUCUACAGCCGUGGUCGUGUUCAGUGACUACGGCAACUGCGAGGAGGUCCUGCUUCAAAAUAUCAAACCUGUACACAUGGACACAUGGGACGAGGAUGACAUUUAUUACGAGACUUCUCUGGAAUUCCGACGGGGAGGAGACGGCCAGCCCAGACGCACUCGACCUACGCAGCAGUAUUACCAGCCUCCCAGAGCAAGGGACUGAUGUUUGGCCCCCGUUGGGAAGGUACAUGGGCGAUCAACGACCCGAUCUCGUUUGAAACUACGGAUUGAGAUAAAUCAACCGAAACACGCUGGCGGAAGACGAACUCCGUCCUCUCUCUGUCUCUAUCUCUGUGAAGUGUAGAAGAAGAGAGCUGAAAGGGCUUGCUGCACUAGCUGCAUCCACACACACACACACACACACGUGUGUUAAUGUGAUAAUGUGAUAAUGCAAAGGCUGCUGUAUGUGUUAACGGUUUUUAUCGUAUGUGGUUAUAAUAAUACAAUGCAACCAUAUUUCUU